GACACAGUUCAGCUUCUGACGCAGAACAAAAACUACUACUCUCAAGAUGAUGUCCAAAGUGGUGUUCUUUGCCCUCCUCUUGACCUGUGUCGUCGCCAUGACCUUGGCUGGCCCAGUGCCCGAACCGGAACCGGAACCAGGCUACGGCUACGGCGGAUAUGGCGGUUUCGGUGGAUUCGGCGGCUUUGGUCGUGGCGGAUAUGGCGGAUAUGGCGGUUAUGGUGGCUACGGAGGCUAUGGUGGCUAUGGGGGCUACGGAUGGUCAGGAUAUGGAAAAUAAAGAACCGUCUGGCAACCCUUCUUUCCCAAUGAAGAGACCGAUGAGAACAGCAGAUCAUCGUUCAUCUUUCAUCAUCAUCUCUGAUUAGUUCGAAUAAAGGAUAUAUGUCCCAUUCUUAAAGACUUCUCGUUUCUUUAAUAAUUACAUUUUCGAAUUCGUAUUCUGUGAUGUUAGAAAGGUCCUCCUUUUGUAAAGUAUCACUGUUCCUGUCCAUCAAAAGAGAAAAAUAAAGAUUACAAUGAAU